GGUGACUUGAAAAGACCGAGUAACCGAGAAGUAACCGAGUGAGUCGAUGAUGUGUUGAUGGAGCGAAAGGCAGGGCACUUGACAAAGUCUGUGCAAGAGAUUGCUGGAUCUUUGUUCUGGAUAAAGGUUGUAGGAAUAGGAAAUGAUGGCGUAGGGAAGACCUGCCUUGUCAAGAACUUUUGUGAGAAAAAGUUUUCAAAAAGUUACCACCCAACUGUAGGAGUUGAUUAUGGCUUCAAGCUGCACAAAAUCAACAACGUUGACUACAGAAUUAACUUCUGGGAUUUUGGAGGUCAUACAGAUUAUGAUGAAAUUAGAGUAGAACUGUAUGGCCAAACACAGGCCUGUAUUCUGGUGUUUGAUGUUACAAACAAGCUGUCGUUUGACUCUCUGGACUAUUGGAUGCAGGAGUUUAUUAGUAAUGGAGGCAAACAAGCAAUAGUAGCUGUGGUGGCUAACAAGACUGAUCUUUCCUCUAAAAGAGUUAUAAGUAGCAAAGAUGGGCAGAGAUGGGCCAAGUCACGUGACUUACGGUAUUAUGAAACAUCUGCAGCCACAGGCCAAGGUGUUCAGGAUAUGUUUAGUGGAGUGCUAGCAGCAGUAGCAGAAGGGAAGCUAGUGAAGGCCAAGCCAGUUGUUAGUGCUGAGCAAAGUUCAAGUAAACAUAAAUAAAACAAAUCAACAAGAAUGAGUUCUGUAAAUAACAUAUUUAUUUGUUUAACACUAUAGUACUACAUCUCAUUGUAUUGUCACUAUAAAACCUGCUCUAAAAUGACAACAAAACCUUUGAACAAAAACUACUCAGAAACUUCACACCCUUUAAAGCUUAAUUUUUACAGUUGUUUCUGUUGAGAAAUAUUUGUAGGAAGGUCUUCAGCAUGAUAUGAUGUGCUAUGUACAUUGACUGGGAAAAGUUCAAAUACAUCAAAUAAUAACAAAAAAUUUAAAUCAUCUUAGCCUAUAAGUACAGCAAUGUAGUUUUUGUUUUCCUUUUUGGACUUGAUAUCUCAUUAACAUUGUUUGACAGAUAAACUGUUGCUAAAAAGUAGAGGACUAACAUGGUUUGGUUUCUUUGAUUACUAAACAGAGGUAUUGGUCUGUGUAUGGACUAAAAGUAUGAUUUCCUACAAACCAUGAUUUAUAUUCAGGCAUGUACAAUAAAUACUGUCUGUGACUGUCUGUUGAGCCUUGCCCCCAAAUGAGAAAUCAAAAUGAUGAAAAUAACAAAUCAUUUCCACUGCCUAUCACAAAUUUCAUUUGACUUCUUACAUUAAACAACAUUUCACAAGUCCAUCUACUACUAUCCAGCAGAACAGGAGCAACUUAUCGUUUCAUAAUUAAAAAUUAUUUUCGUUAGAGAUAAUCUCAUAGCUAUGAAGAAGAUAAAGAGUGUUCAUUGCUAUCUUGUCUGUGUUUCCUUUUUCUCUUUUUAGUCCUGGGUUCAUAAGCAUCACUCUCAGUUUGCUUUCUCUUCUUUCUACUCUUUUUACUCUUCUUUCUUUGCUGCACAAUUUUUAUUGGUAGAAAGAGAAAAAGAAACAUUUUUUAAAUGUAAAUACCUCAAGGCACUUGUGAUUAUAAUUCUCUAGAAAAACUACAGAAGGUGAUCAAAAUUACAGCCAAACCUGCAUUAACCUGCACCUUAAUUAAGCAUCACCCUGUGUAUUAUGCAGUUGUUUUUCAAACUCCUGGUCACCCUGCUAAUCCCUAUGGAUGAUCACUUACCACUGUGUGACAGUUUCAACUGUAAUUUGUGCUGUUUAAACUUCUCCUCACAAUAUCCAUACAUUAUCCAGCAAACAGAUAAUAAGAAUACACAAACUUAUCAGCCAGAGGAAAGAGUUGACAAUUCAGAUCAUGGGAGUGAAAGAGUUUACCAGUGGCAAAAUUAUUUAUCUGUGAUUAUGUCUCUCCAAUCUUUCUUUAACCGUUUAACUCCCACAAGUGACCAAGACAGAAUUUCUCGUUACAAUAUCAAUACAAUGUCAACCAGAUAAGUGAUGAGAAUGAAGAAAAAUUUCGAUUUGGGGAUAAUUAGUUGAUCCAAUACUUAAUUA